CUCUCCCUCUCACACACACGCAGCCUGUCCGGUAGGAUGGGACCCGGGCAGUAGCCACACAUCCGUGCACGCCUGACCGCUAGUCUACUUCCUGGAUGGAAGAAUGGGACAUAUUUCCAGCACCGCCACUUUUCUGCUUUCCCCCUUUGUCUCGCUGACGCCGCGGAUAAUCGCCUAAAUAAUGCCCACGUGUAAUCAAUGGCGUUCGACCACUUUUUGUCGCGUAGUUAAAGACAUCGACUGAUCGCCGAUUGACCCCCCUCCACACUUUGGGAAUGUCGCUAUCUGGAAGCCCGCUGCAGACACGGAGGAGUCCAGAUUUUGAACCGCUUUUGCACCGCCGUAGUGUGCGUAACGUUUUAUUCCUCGAAGCUAAAAGCAGCCUGUGCUCGGGCUGGAGGCGAAUAAAUUAGUCCCCUCGCUUUUUUUCCCUUCUUCUUCUUCUUUUUUUUUUUUUUUUUUUUUUUUUACCCCUCCAGAACAGAGACUGUAUCCUGACCGCCAACCAUUACUUUGAUGCUCUGCCUUCGUGGCCGCGGUGCCAACUUCGCUUCAGCUUCGGCAGUGUGUGUGUGAUUUGUUUAUUUUUUUUUUAAAUCUUUUUUUCUUUUAAAGGAGGAGAAAAGACUCAAACUUUGUCACCCGCUGCCUUCUUGUUGCUCUCGAUGAGUAGUCUAACAUGCGGAGAAUACGGGAACCGAGUUACUGGUGGAUUUUAUCCUUAAUGUUUUUAACCUUGCCCAAACACAACGACUGUCAGCCUGUGGCAUCGGGUGGCCAACCUCACCGCGCUGUAGGCGGCCAUCAUGGAACCACGGGCGUAAUGAGGGAGAGGAGGACAGCUGGUGACCCCUACUGGUCCUAUACAGGGAGCCAUGGGCCUCGAGGCUGGGCAGCCUUAUACCCAGAAUGUGCUGCGAAGAACCAGUCACCUGUGGACAUUGCAGACGAACAAGCUCGGGUUUCGGAGGAGUACCAGGAGCUGGUGCUUGACAAGUUCAACACCGAGUCCUCCAACCAGACCACCAUGAAAAACACUGGAAAGACAGUUGCUGUUCUCCUGAAGGAUGACUACUUUGUAAGGGGCGCUGGACUGCCAGGGCGCUUCAAGGCUGAGAAGAUGGAGUUUCACUGGGGCCAGAGUAAUGGAUCAGCCGGCUCAGAACACAGCAUAAAUGGCCGAAGGUUCCCUGUAGAGAUGCAGAUCUACCUUUAUAAUUCUGAUGACUUUGACAGCCUCGGCGCUGCCAUCAAGGAAAGACGCAUCAUUGCUGCCAUGACCGUCUUUUUUGAGCUGGGGCAAAAAGACAACCCAGCUGUGGACCCCAUCAUCCAGGGAUUGAAAGGAGUAGUGCAUCAUGAAAAGGAGACCAACCUCAGGUCAUUCGUCUUGAGGGAUCUGCUGCCAUCAUCAGUGGACAGCUAUUACAGAUACACUGGUUCUCUGACCACUCCGCCCUGCAGCAAGGUAGUGGAGUGGAUCAUCUUCUCCAGGCCUGUGUAUCUGUCCUACUCACAGCUGGAGGCUUUUUACUCCAUUUUUACAACGGAGCAACAGGACCAUGUCAAAUCUGUUGAGUACCUGAGGAACAACUUCAGGCCCCUGCAGGACCUGGACGAUAGGGUGGUUUUUAAGUCGGCUGUAAAAGACGCAUGGCAGAAAGAUUUGACUGAGCUGCUGGGAAGCCCUCAUGUCACCGAGGCUUCAAGAGUGUGCAGCAGCGCCCCGGUAAGCAUGAAGAUCCAGCCGCUCAACCAGACGGCGUUGAUGGUGAGCUGGGAACGCCCUCUGACGGUGUAUCACCCGCCCAUCACCAGUUACAUGGUCUCCUACAGCUGGGUGAAGCGCGACGUCGCCGAUGAAAAUACCUUCACGAAGACCGGGGACCAGAGCAUGAAAGCAGUCAUCACUAAUGUCUCCCCGGACAUGCUGUACUUGUUCAGAGUGCAGGCAGUAUGUCAGCAUGACCUGCGCAGUGAUUUUAGCCAAACGCUGUUGUUCAGAGAUAAUACAACACGAAUGUUCGAAGGCUCUCGCAUUGUGAAGACUGGGAUGCCCACAAUUUCCCCAGCGUCCUCGGCGGACAUGGCUCCCAUCAGCUCUGGUUCCUCCACAUGGACGUCCUCCGGCAUCCACUUCUCCAUCGUCUCCAUGGCAACAGGGAUGGGCCCCUCUUCGAGUGGCAGCCAGGCUACAGUGGCAUCGGUGGUGACGAGCACGUUGCUGGCAGGCUUGGGUGUUGGCGGAGGGGUCAUCUCUUCUUUGCCCAGUUCGGUUUGGCCCACGCAGGCGCCUCAAGCCACUCAGAAACCCUCGCAUCCGUCCGCGUCGCCUGCGAAGUCCAGCACCGAGCAGGCGGCACCUCAGGGCUCGGAGACAGACAAACCGUCUGAUGAGAGCAAGGCCGCACGUGAGGGGGAAGAGGAGGGCGAGAAAGAAGGAGACCAGGAGGAGGAAGAGGAUGACAAGAAAAGAAAGACCAAGACUUCACCUGAUAAUAGGGAAAAGCAAGCAAACGGCACCGUGGCCAAAGAGCCUUCAAUCCCCACCCCCGCUUCCACAGCCAAAGAGAAAGGAGAAGGGAAACCUACAAUUAAAGGCACCACGGUACCUGCGAGCACCAGCGAGGACCAGCUAGUCAACGUGGAGAAGAAUCCCACAGAUGUAAAUGCAGUCUCCACUCAGGAUCCCCGUAAUGCCAGCGCUGAGAUGCAGAUUCCACAGAGCUCCACACUGUCUCCAAAGAUCAGCAGUGAUGGGAUGAAUCUCUGGCCUUUCUCAGUCCGCACUGACAGGACCACCUUGUCCAACGCGGUGCCCCAGCCGGGGAUGGGCCGGAUGGUGUGGAUUGUUCCCUUGGUGGUGGUGUCCGCUCUCACUCUUCUGUGCCUCAUCAUGCUGCUGACUGUGAUGGUUUACUGGAGGAGGUUUUUCCAGACAGCUCACUUCUAUGUGGAGGAGAGCAGCUCUCCACGGGUGGUGGCCAAUGAGAAUAUCCCAGUCAUCCCCAUACCAGAUGACAUGGAGGCCAUCCCCGUUAAGCAUUUUGUUAAACACAUUAUGGAGCUCUACAAGAACAACUUGCAAGGUUUCGCAGAGGAGUUUGAGGAGGUCCAACGCUCUAUAGCCGACCUGAAAAUCACGGCAGAACAUUCCAAUCAUCCCGACAACAAGCACAAAAACAGAUACAUCAACAUUGUGGCCUACGACCACAGCAGGGUGAAAUUACGAGCUUUGGCGGGGAAGGAUGCCAAACAUUCGGAUUACAUCAACGCCAACUAUGUGGAUGGCUACAACCGGCCCAGAGCCUAUAUAGCUGCCCAGGGUCCUCUCAAGUCUACGUUCGAGGACUUCUGGAGGAUGGUGUGGGAGCAGAACACUGGACUCAUUGUCAUGAUCACCAACUUAGUGGAAAAAGGAAGAAGGAAAUGUGACCAAUACUGGCCGACAGAGAACAGCGAGCAAUAUGGAAAUAUAGUUGUGACGCUGAAGAGCACUAAAGUGCAUGCCUGCUACACGCUGCGCCGUUUCCUUAUAAGGAACACGAAAGUUAAAAAGGGUCAGAAGGGGAAUCCGAAAGGGAAGCUAAAUGAGCGCAUUGUGAUCCAGUAUCAUUACACUCAGUGGCCUGACAUGGGAGUACCGGAGUACACGCUUCCUGUGCUCACCUUCAUCAACCGCUCAUCAGCCGCUCGCACUGCAGACAUGGGCCCUGUCCUGGUGCACUGCAGUGCAGGCGUCGGGCGCACGGGAACGUACAUUGUCAUUGACAGCAUGCUGCAACAGAUCAAGGACAAAAGCACAGUCAGCGUCCUGGAUUUUCUCAAACAUAUCCGCACACAACGCAACUACCUAGUCCAGACUGAGGAGCAGUAUGUUUUCAUUCACGAUGCUUUGAUGGAAGCCAUCCUGAGCAAAGAGACGGAGGUGCCUGCCUGGCAGCUGCACAGCUAUGUCAACAGCAUCCUCUCGCCCAACUCAACAGGCCGCACACGGCUGGAGAAGCAGUUCAGGCUUCUGAGUCAGUGCAACACGCGUUUUGUGGAGUGCUUUAGUGCCCACAAAGAUUGCAACAAGGAGAAGAACCGUAAUUCCUCAGUGGUUCCCUCGGAGCGAGCGAGGGUUGGACUCACCACUCUGCCUGGCAUGAAGGGAACAGAUUACAUUAAUGCCUCCUAUAUAAUGGGCUAUUACAGGAGUAAUGAGUUCAUCAUUACCCAGCAUCCUUUGCCCCACACCACCACAGACUUCUGGAGGAUGAUUUGGGACCACAACGCGCAAAUUAUUGUCAUGUUGCCUGACAACCAAGGCCUGGCUGAGGAUGAAUUCGUUUACUGGCCAAGUCGCGAAGAGGCCAUGAACUGUAUCGCCUUCACUGUCACACUCAUCAGUAAGGACAGACUGUGCCUCUCCAACGAGGAGCAGAUCAUCAUCCACGACUUCAUCUUAGAGGCCACGCAGGACGACUAUGUCCUGGAGGUGAGGCAUUUCCAGUGUCCUAAAUGGCCGAACCCCGACGCCCCUCUCAGCAGCGCCUUCGAGCUCAUCAGUGUCAUCAAGGAGGAAGCCAUGACUCGAGAUGGCCCCACCAUCGUGCACGAUGAGUAUGGAGCGGUGUCAGCAGGGAUGCUCUGUGCCCUCACCACACUGUCCCAGCAGCUGGAGAACGAGGGGGUUGUUGACAUCUAUCAGGUGGCUAAGAUGAUCAAUCUCAUGAGGCCGGGAGUCUUCACUGAUAUAGAGCAGUACCAGUACCUUUACAAAGCCAUGCUCAGCCUGGUCAGUAACAGAGAGUUUGGCCUGAGCCCCAUGCACAUGGACACUAAUGGGGUGGUGGUGAUUGCGGACGAGUCGGACCCUGCAGAGAGCAUGGAGUCGCUCGUCUGAGGACAUUCUCACAGGCACUUAAUUUGUAAAAAUCCGAGAACUUUUCUGAGGCCUUUUUUGCCAGACUCUUGAUUAAAUGAAUAACCUUAUUACUUUUUAUACUGAUAAAGGUUUUUUGAUAUUUAUGUUUUUGUUCUUUAUUUCUUGUCUUUAAAUGUUAUCCUGCUGAGCGUUUGCACCUGUUUUAAGUUGACACGAGGAAAAAGCAGCUCUGUCCAGUUUGCACUAUACUAUCAGUGUUACUGCCUAAAUCCAGUGAGUGAAAAAAAAAAAAAAGAAAAAAAGAAAAAUUCACAUUUCAGUCCUGGCAUCACGACAAAACUUUGGACCGUUGUUGAGACAAACCGGAAGCAUGAAGACCGGGAUGAAUUAAGGCGACGUCUCAAAACACAGCAUCACAUCAUAACAUAACACGGCCCAGCAUGCAUUAUGUCACUUUGUCACUUCAAUCAAACUAACUGUUUUCAGGCUCCGCUCCACAUGCGAGAAGCUUUUUAUCACAUGUGAAGAGACUCAUACCUGCCUAUAUAUUAUUGUCCCAGUAUCUCACUGCUGUCUUGUAAAAUGUACUUAUGGCUUAUUUUGUGUGUUACAACAUCUAAUGUGAACAUUUAUUGCUUUUUACAGGGAUUUAUAUUGUUAUAUUGUUUUGUAAUAUAUAUACAUAUAUAUAUAUUAUAUCCUUAAUAGCCAGCUGAUGUUAUUUUUCUUUUGUUUUGUACCUUUGCCUCUGUGUCCACUGGCCUUGGUGUAGAUUCAUAGAUCUGGAGAUUGUGUAGCUCAACGUGUAAAGACUACAAAUCUCCGGUCAUGUUAUUUUUCUUUCUUUCUUUCUUUCUUUCUUUCUUUCUUUCUUUCUUUCUUUCUUUCUUUCUUUCUUUCUUUCUUCCUCUUCCGCCAUUUGUUUCAGCUUUUCUAACGGUCAAAGCUUCAACUGUAAACACGUGUAAUAGGUAUCUGUACCAACACAAUGCAAUGCCUACAAAAAGUAUUCACCCUGCGCAAAGAUUCUCAUGCUUUACUUUCGCGACAUGGAAUCACAGCAGACGUAAUUAGGGUUAAAGUUUUGACGCUGAUCGACGCGAAUGCCGCGUCAACGUGAAGGAUUCGUCUGACGGAGCUUAGAAAUUGAUCGCACAAGUAUUCACUCCCUUCGAGAACACGUAUAAUAGAAGCACCUAUGGCAGCGUUUAUGAAGAGACUCGGCCCCUCAAGGACAUUAACAGUAGUUGUUUCAAAGUUGUUCCUGUUCUAAAAAGAAAAAAAGAAUAAAAAUAAGUUUAAAAAAAAAAAUGCUGCAGCUCCUGUGCAGACUGCACCAAGUUUCCUCCAGGAUUUCUUUUGUAUUUUCAGAGUUUUACUGCAGAGAAGCAUCUUCAUCAGGCCUCCUGGUGAAGAUGCUAUUCAGUGCCUUGGAAACGUUAUUAAUUCAUCUCCCUGAUUGGUACUUUUCAGUAAACCCAUCACCAACUUCUUACAGUAUUUGUCCAUUUCCAUAAUGUAGUUUUUGGCAGGAAAACACCAUCGUUACACAGAGGUGUAACCUAUUAUGCAGCCACUGAUGUUUUGGGCCUCAGAAAAGGGAGGAAUAUGCGUGCAAUCAGUUUUUUUUUUUGUUUUUUUUUUAUGUUUAGUUUUGUUUCAAAUGUCAUGUUUAUUUGCACUUACAUGGUGAAAACUUUCUAUAGGCACUGUAGUUUCUUUUCUGGGGUGGGGGGUUGAUGCUUUAUUUGUAACCAAAGACGUGGUUCCAGUUUGCAACAUGUAAGUGGUUUUGUCCUGAGAUCUAUUUAAUCGAACUAGAAUUUAAAAAUUGAAAUUGUUAAAUCAUGCAGUACAGAUUUCCAGUGUCAAAGUUGUGGAUUUAACCCAAGUUAAGCAUGUUUCUGUCUAGCCUCAGGAACUCACCUUCCAGUAGAUAAUCCGACUCUGUGAUGCUCUGCUCGCAUUUAGGAGAAGACAAAAAAAAGAAAAAGAAAAAAAAAGGAGUUUAAAUUGUGUUUUAUUUGGGCUGAUAUUCCGUCUCCGGAUUAUUUUGUGGCUAUGACAACGAGCCCUCUGAAACCCUGAACGCCCCUCGCUCAUUCACUCUCUCGAUUGAUUCAUGUGUAUCCUGUGAUGAAGACAUUUAUUUUCUGGUAACAUCCACUUCUCUAAAAAGGGGGAGUUUGCUUAAUCCAUUGAAAACUCUCCAACAUUUGGAGUAAAGUCCAGAUCGCCGGUCACUUAGCUCCACAUCUAGGCUUUCCUUUGCAGCGACGGUGUUUGAUUUCCCCGCUUUGUAUGAACCGCCUAUCCUCCUCCCCUCUUGUUUGAUAUUUCUGCUCCUCACUUAAAACACGAGUGCUGCGGCUGCGCACAUUUACUUCAAAAACUGUAACCUUUGUGAUCAUAGAAGUUUAUAUUUUCAUACAGAUAUUCGGUUUGUACAGCGGCCAAUUGACGGAUUGUACUUUUGUGGAACAUUUAUUGUCCAAAUCUCCACAGCAAAAUCCCAACAUAGUCAUAGCUGCCUCUCUGCGGUCCAUGCUGGGAUUUUAAACCACAUUUUCCUGACAUUUGCUUAAUGGUCCGGGGAGCCUGUUGUGUAAGCCUCAGCCCAUUUCAGCCAGGUUGUUAGUUAAGUCUAUUUUGUAACUUAAAAAAAAAAGAAAAAAAAGAAGAAGAAUUAAACGGUUUUGUCCAUUAUAUCACAUGUUUAUAUGACAGUAUCAUGGCAGUGUAUUCCUAUGAUACUGUUAUAUACCCUAUUAUAGUGUAAUAGUGUUAUUUAAUAGGUAAAUUGUAUUGCUAUACAUUAAAUAAAGUCUGGCUUUGAGUGCACUACACGCUUGUAUGACAUGUAACUGCAGAUGGAUGAGUUUUGACUGAUAGCAAAUGAGGAACCGGUUCCUCGUGCUGCCCCCUGCUGUCACUCUGUCACCAAACUACAGUAAAGGAAGGAGUAUGCCGAUUGUUUUUUUUUUUUUGUUUUUUUUUCCUGAUGCAAAAUGUUAACCUGGCUCAUCAAGAUGGAGCUAAUUUUGAAUGCUUGAUGUACGGUUGUGUAGUUAAAUCACCCACAAUCUAUCAUAAUUCUGUAACUUUUGCUAUUGAAUAAAUGUAGUGGAGUACAACGUACAAUAUUUACCUCUGAAAUGUAAUGGAUUACAUGUAUAAAGAAGCUUAAAAAGAAUACUAGAGCAUCUCAAAUUUG